GCCCGGGGCUCGCCUCGCUUUUAACCCGCGCGUGGGGGCGCCCGGGCCACUGGGCUCCGAGCAGCAAGCGAGUGGUCAGCGCGGAACCAGAGCUGCACGCGUCGCGUCCCGAGGCCGACGCCAGCUUGCCGGCAUGGCCCCAGCAGCGGCUUCUGGUGGCAGCACCCUGCCCAGUGGCUUCUCGGUCUUCACCACCUUCCCCGACUUGCUCUUCAUCUUUGAAUUUGUCUUCGGCGGCCUGGUGUGGAUCCUGAUCGCUUCCUCCCUGGUGCCCAUCGCCCUGGUCCAGGGCUGGGUGAUGUUCGUGUCUGUGUUCUGCUUCGUGGCCACGACUACCCUGCUCAUCCUGUACAUAAUUGGUGCCCAUGGUGGGGAGACUUCUUGGAUCGCCCUGGACGCAGCCUAUCACUGCAUAGCUGCCAUGUUUUACCUGAGCGCCUCUGUCCUGGAAGCCCUGGCCACCAUCCACAUGCAAGAAGGCUUCACCUUCAAGCACUACCAUGAGAACAUCUCUGCCGUGGUGUUUGCCUAUGUAGUCACACUGCUCUACGUGAUCCACGCACUGUACUCUUUAAUAAGGUGGAAGUCUUCGUAAAGCAGCAGAACGUGAGCUGGAAACCCAGACAGUGUUUGUUAACUCAUCAGCCCAUCUACCAGCGUAACUCUCUAGAACACAGACACUAUGGUGGAGAAAAGAAAACAACCCUCCCCCCAAAAAAAAUAAGCAAUGCUCUGUUUCUUGCGGGUGUCAUGUUUACACUCCCAUACGCCUUCCGCCAGGGAUUGGGGUCUUGCUAGGUUUAACCUCCCAUUCCUGAGCUGUCUUUCUAGGGUCACUUCCUGUCUGUGAGAGGCGCCAGUGGGGUGGGAAGUGGGGACUGAGAUCUGAGAAGGAAACAUGAACCCCUGCUGACCCCUGGACCAGACCUUGAGAAUUGCCUACUGGAAUUUUCCACAGGCUCUUUUGAGCAUCUCAACCCUUGGCAUGUUUCUAAGUCUUUGUGGAUGUUCCGAGUGUCAUAGGGACUGCAGCUCACUCAACACAAGUCUCCAGAUGUCCGUGGUGGAAGUUGAUACCCUUUGAAAUACUUUAUAA